AGAGGUGCAGCAGCUCAGAGUGGACCUGAGUCCCACAGGAGGGCGCACAGGGACACAAGCGGCAGGACUGAGGAGCACGCGAGAGGUUGGUGGUAUUCAUCCCCCCCAUGUGAAGACCGUCCCUGUGGAGGACACUGACGUCCACAGGACCCCUCCCUCUCCUGCUGGACACUCCGCUCCGAGUCUCACCACUCCUCUGAGCCAAGUCCACCCAGCGGAGGGGGCAGAUGGCCUCCACUGGCCUUGAACUACUGGGCAUGACCCUGGCCGUGCUGGGCUGGCUGGGGACCCUGGUGUCGUGCGCCCUGCCCCUGUGGAAGGUGACCGCCUUCAUCGGCAACAGCAUUGUGGUGGCCCAGGUGGUGUGGGAGGGGCUGUGGAUGUCCUGCGUGGUGCAGAGCACGGGCCAGAUGCAGUGCAAGGUCUACGACUCCCUGCUGGCCCUGCCCCAGGACCUGCAGGCGGCCCGCGCCCUCUGCAUUGUCGCCCUCCUGCUGGCCCUGCUCGGCCUGCUGGUAGCCAUCACAGGCGCCCAGUGCACCACAUGCGUGGACGAUGAGGGGGCCAAGGCCCGAAUAGUGCUCACAGCAGGCGCUCUUCUACUCCUCUCCGGGGUCCUGGUGCUCAUCCCUGUCUGCUGGACAGCCCACGCCAUCAUCCAGGACUUCUACAACCCCCUGGUGGCCGAGGCUCUCAAGCGGGAACUGGGGGCCUCCCUCUACCUGGGCUGGGCAGCAGCCGCCCUGCUCAUGCUGGGUGGGGGGCUUCUCUGCUGCACAUGUCCCCCGCCCCAGAUCGACCAUCCCCGCGGACCUCGGUUGGGUUACUCCAUCCCUUCCCGCUCCGGAGCGUCAGGACUGGACAAGAGGGACUAUGUGUGAGACUGCGGAACCGCCAACCCGGAUGCCUUUGGGCCCUCACCUUCCAGCCCACCCAGGACACCUUGCUCCACGCUCACCUGACAAGGACACUAGUGGCUCCACUUUCGAGAAGACUGGUUGAGUCAGAGCCUCCUCAGUGAUAUCCUCACCUGGCUGGGCUGUCCCCAGGGGUUGGGCCAGAGCUGAUGGGGUGACCUUGGCUUGCUCGUAGCUCCCCAUAUUCGUUCCUUUCCUCUGCUGUCCAGGAUGGAUUGACCCUUCCUCUUUCUAAACUCCUGGCUCCCCUUCCUCCCACCCUAGACACCUGGAGAAGUUCCAAUGAUCUUCCUACCCUGCAUUGUUGGGCCCUUAGUCUGGCUAUCACAGCAUCCAUGAGGCCCAGGUUGGGGACCCUCUGGGAUUGGAAAGUCCUGCAUAGUCCAUCCUCCUCCACCCCCACCUUUCAGUUGGGAAUAAAGAGUGUUUGUACUGGUA